AUGCCUAUUGAUCUUAAAGAAGAAGAUAUUAAAAAAGAAGAAACUGCAGAAAAAGAUAUAACCAAAAUUGAAAGACCUAGAAAAAUGGUUUUUUGUAGAGAUGAUUGUGUUGUCCUUUAAUUAUAAUAAUAUAUUGUUUUAGUUUCUUAAGAUUCUUACACUAAAGUCAAAAUGAGUAAUCCUCAUUUUUAAAUUAAAUAAGAAUAUGAUGGAGUUAGAAUCUUAACAUAAAAAAAAAAUGAAAUCUUGCGUAAAUUACCUGAUUCAUUUGUUAAUGUAUUUUUACCACUUUCUCUUAAACCAGGGGCUCAAUUACAUUCUGCAUAUGAAUCAUUUGAAUAAAAGAAUCCUAUUGAAGAUGAUGAAUUAAAUCUAAAAAACUGAACUAGGAGAAGCAGUUAAUGAUUGUAUUAAAAGUGGUUAAUUUGAAAUUAAUCCUGAAUAUUAGAUGAAAUUAUUAAAAGCAGCUAGUUAUGGAAAAACAUUCUUGGGAAAUUAAUUAAUUUAUCCCAACCUGUUAAAUGAAACCUGUAAAUAUCUUAGAGUCUCAAAUGCACUCCGUAGAAAUGGCACAACUGGAGGUAGAGUUGUUACAUAUGAAUAAACUUUGUAAUUAAUUAAAAAUCCAGAUCUAUUUAUCACUUUAUUGCUCAAAUAUAAUUUACAUUAUUUAGUUAUUGAAAUUUCUCGUUUCCUAAAAUAUCAAAUAAAAUAAAAAUCAACAAUCUAUACACAUUGGGCAUGUUGUAAAGUAGAAAGUCAAUAGGAUGAUGAAUAGUUAUGCUAAAUUAUAAAAGAGAAAAUUAAAGAACAAAAAGGAAUUUCAUUUACUUAAAUUGCUUAAAAAUCAAUAGAAAUAGUGAAAUCUUAAUUAGAUCGAAAACUCCUUGAUAAUGAGUAAAGUUUAUCUAAACGUAUUCCAGUAUUGAUUUGGAUGGCUAAUUAUUAAUAAGGCAACAAUAAUUCAUAUUAUGAAAAAGCAUUAAUUGAUGCAAUUAAUUCCAAAGAUUCAAAUUUGAUAUACCUUGUAAUUAUGAAAUUUUUGAAAACUGAUAUGGAUGAAACAUAUAAGUUUGGUAUUCUAUCAUAGAAUCAGAUAUCCCAAGCUCAUCUAAUAUAUUAUUUAAGAAAUUUUGAUGAUAAAUACUAAUAGAAAUAUUUACAAUAUUUAAAAAAUAUGAUGAAAGUGGAUAUUUAGCCAUCAAUUAAGCUUAUUAAUAAAGUUGCUUAAAUGAGAAAAUUAGAUUUUUAGAAUUUGCUUAGAAAUUCUUUGAAGAAGAGAGUAAAGAUUCAUUCUAUAGCAAAAUGUUAUAAGCAUAAAUAAGAACAUUGAA